GCUCGUUUCAUUUCUUAUCACUUCCCCCCUCUCUCUCUCUCUCCCCCCUCCUCCUUUCUCCCACCUCUCCUCUCCAAUGGCUUCCCUCCUCACGCUCCCCUCCCUCUCCCUCUCCAACCCUAGCGCCUCCGCCGCCGCCGCGGGAGCCGGAGCGGCGCCGUCUCUGCGCCUCCGCGCCGCCUUCCGCUGCUGGGCGCUGCGGCGCGCGGGCGGCGGCCGGUGGGCGGCCGCGGGGGCCAUCGCGUCGCCCAACUCGGUGCUCAGCGAGCACGCGUUCAAGCGGCUGCAGCUCAGCGACGAGGAGGAGGAGGAGGAGGAGGGGGCCUACGGGAGUGACGAGGAGGGGGUCGAGGCGGUGGGUGGCGGGGAGGGGGACGAGGACGAGCUCGCCAUUGCCAGGCUCGGCCUGCCCGAGCAGCUCGUAUCCACGCUCGAGAAGCGCGGGAUUACCCACCUGUUCCCCAUCCAGAGGGCUGUAUUGAUUCCAGCUCUUGACGGCCGUGACCUGAUUGCUAGAGCAAAGACAGGAACCGGGAAGACGCUAGCCUUCGGCAUUCCCAUGAUCAAGCAAUUAAUGGAGGAGGAUGAUGGACGGAGUGUGAGGCGAGGUCGUAUUCCUCGUGUUUUGGUUCUAGCACCUACUAGGGAGUUAGCCAAGCAAGUUGAGAAGGAAAUAAAAGAAUCAGCACCCAAGCUCAGUACAGUCUGUGUUUAUGGAGGUGUCUCAUAUAAUGUCCAGCAGAACGCACUCUCCCGUGGUGUUGAUGUUGUUGUAGGAACACCUGGUCGCAUUAUUGAUUUGAUAAAUGGCGGAAGUCUUCAGUUGGGAGAAGUUAAGUACUUGGUCCUUGAUGAGGCUGACCAAAUGCUUGCAGUUGGGUUUGAGGAGGAUGUGGAAACGAUAUUACAACAGCUACCAGCUGAGAGGCAAAGCAUGCUCUUCUCUGCCACCAUGCCUGGUUGGGUGAAGAAAUUAUCUAGGCGAUACUUGAACAAUCCUUUGACAAUUGACUUGGUCGGCGAUCAAGAUGAAAAACUUGCUGAAGGAAUCAAACUUUAUGCUAUCCCGCUCACAUCUACAUCGAAGCGCACUGUUCUUAGUGAUCUCAUUACGGUGUAUGCAAAGGGUGGGAAAACCAUUGUGUUCACCAAGACGAAAAGGGAUGCAGACGAGGUAUCAUUAGCACUGACAAACAGUAUUGCUUCGGAGGCACUGCAUGGUGAUAUUUCACAGCAUCAGCGUGAGAGGACACUAAAUGGUUUUCGUCAAGGGAAAUUUACUGUUCUCGUAGCAACCGAUGUUGCUGCCCGUGGUCUUGAUAUACCGAAUGUUGAUUUGAUUAUCCAUUAUGAAUUGCCCAAUGAUCCAGAGACUUUUGUUCAUCGUUCUGGACGCACUGGCCGAGCUGGGAAAGCAGGAACUGCAAUCUUGAUGUUCACAAACAGCCAGAGAAGGACAGUUAGAUCACUUGAGCGUGAUGUUGGAUGCAGAUUUGACUUCAUAAGUCCUCCAGCAAUUGAGGAUGUGCUGGAGUCCUCUGCUGAACAUGUCAUAGCUACUUUAAGAGGUGUGCACACGGAGUCGAUUCAGUACUUCAUUCCAGCAGCUGAAAGACUGCAAGAAGAAUUAGGACCUAAUGCUCUUGCUUCUGCAUUGGCACAUCUGAGUGGAUUUUCUCAGCCACCCUCUUCACGUUCUCUUAUCAGUCAUGAGCAGGGAUGGGUGACUUUGCAACUAACUAGAGAUCCAGGAUAUGGAAGGGGGUUCUUUUCUCCUAGAUCUGUUACUGGCUUUCUGUCUGAUGUUUCUUCAGCUGCUGCUGAUGAAGUUGGCAAAAUUUUCCUUACAGCAGAUGAGAAGGUUCAAGGUGCAGUUUUCGAUUUACCUGAGGAGAUUGCGAGGGAUUUGCUUAGUAUGGAACUGCCCCCAGGAAACACCAUAACCAAAGUGACAAAGCUACCUGCAUUACAGGAUGAUGGUCCUGCUACUGAUAGUUAUGGCCGAUUCUCAAACUCGGACCGGGGUUUCAGGAACAGACGGUCCAGGGGUGGUGGCUCAAGAGGCGGGCGGGGUGGUUGGGACUCUGAUGGUGAAGACAGAUUUCGCCGUGGUGGCAGGAGCUUCAGAUCUGACAAUGAUAGUUGGUCAGAUGAUGACUUUGGUGGCGGGAGAAGAUCGAACCGUUCGUCAUCCUUUGGUGGCCGCGGGUCAUCUUACGGCAGUCGUAGCUCGUCAUCCUUUGGUGGCCGCUCAUCAUCUUUUGGGUCUAGGGACAGCAGCAGGAGCUUCAGUGGUGCUUGCUUCAACUGUGGCGAAAGCGGGCACCGAGCAUCAGACUGCCCAAACAAGUAGAUGGUAGAAACAACACUCUUCCCUGCCGCUCGGGAGUUGCUCCUUCUGGGCUUGAUCAUGUUCCAACAAGCGGCUGGACUAUUCAACACAUGCCAAGGAACACCAAAGCCCAGUCCCCCUUCAUCUGAUCCAUACAUGCCCAACACUAUUGCCUGACGAAGAUUUUGCACUGGUUAGUACAGCUCUGUGUCGUCAUUCCGUCGUGAAGAUUUUGGCACGCUGACCACCAAAGGAGAGCCUUCUGUUCAUUUAUAUGUAAUACGGGUUUUACAGGGACGUUAAAUUUUUGUUACCACCUGGGAGUUCUCAAUAGGAUGUUAAGAUUAAAUGAACCGUGUGUACAGCUCGUUCCUACACGACUGGACUGGCUGAUGCCAUCAGAAACUGUUCGCGCCAAUUAGAAUCACUGUCCAAUGUCAAACAACUUUACAUCUGGUGCUUGUCAAAAGUUUGCAUCUGGGGCA